CCGCUCGCGGACAGUCGGCGCGCGGGCCGGGCCGGCGCCCCUCAGCCUCGCUUUCCGCGUCGCCCAGUGCCCCGGGGGAUGCCCCCGGCCGGGCUCCCCCAUGGCCGCCGACGUCUUCAUGUGCUCCCCGCGCCGGCCCCGCAGCCGGGGCCGCCCGGUGCUGCUCAACGCGCCGCAGCCGUCCCGGGCCGGGCCGGGCCGCGAGGAGCCUCCGCGCCGCCAGCAGAUCAUCCACAGUGGCCACUUCAUGGUGUCGUCGCCGCACCGCGAGCACCCGCCCAAGAAGGGCUACGAUUUCGACACGGUCAACAAGCAGACGUGCCAGACCUACAGCUUCGGCAAGACCAGCUCCUGCCACCUGUCCAUCGACGCCUCGCUCACGAAGCUCUUCGAGUGCAUGACCCUGGCCUACAGUGGGAAGUUGGUGUCUCCAAAGUGGAAGAAUUUCAAGGGCCUGAAGCUCCAGUGGAGAGACAAGAUCCGGCUCAAUAACGCCAUCUGGCGGGCGUGGUACAUGCAGUAUUUGGAGAAGCGCAAGAAUCCUGUGUGCCACUUUGUCACUCCACUAGACGGCUCUGUUGAAGUAGAUGAGCAUCGCCGGCCAGAGGCCAUCACCACAGAAGGGAAGUACUGGAAAAGCCGCAUUGAGAUUGUGAUCCGGGAAUAUCACAAGUGGAGAACCUACUUCAAGAAAAGGCUACAGCAGCACAAGGAUGAGGACCUCUCCAGCCUGGCCCAGGAUGAUGACAUGCUUUACUGGCACAAACAUGGGGAUGAAUGGAAGACCCCAGUCCCCAUGGAGGAGGACCCACUGCUGGACACAGACAUGCUCAUGUCAGAAUUCAGCGACACCCUCUUCUCCACACUUUCCUCACAUCAGCCGGUGGCCUGGCCUAACCCACGGGAAAUAGCACAUCUGGGAAAUGCAGACAUGAUUCAGCCGGGGCUGAUUCCUUUGCAGCCCAACCUGGACUUCAUGGACACCUUUGAGCCUUUCCAGGACCUCUUCUCUUCCAGCCGCUCCAUUUUUGGCUCCAUGCUGCCUGCACCUGCCUCAGCACCUAUACCAGAUCCCAACAUCCCAACUGCUCAGGAGAGCAUCCUGCCAACCACCGCUCUCCCUACCGUGAGCCUCCCUGACAGCCUCAUCGCGCCCCCCACAGCCACUGCCCUGGAGCCCACGGAUGAGCAGGGCUGUGAACGUGCUUCCCAGCCUGGGGACCCCUUUAUCCAGCCCACAGACUUUGGUCCCCCUGUGCCGCCACUGAAUGUCCCACAGUCUUUCCUCCCCGUGUUCACCAUGCCCCUGCUUUCUCCCAGUCCCGCCCCUGUGGCUGUGUCUCCUGCCUUGCCGUUGGUCCCUCCUCCUGCCACUGCCCUGACUCCCACGACUCCAUCCUCUUUCCUGGAACCUCAGAAGUUUGCUGGAGUCGGCAAGUCACCCUCUGUCAUCACCCACACAGCCUCCGCCACCCUCACACACGAUGCCUCUGCCACCACCUUCAGCCAGAGCCAGGGCCUUGUCAUCACAACCCACCAUCCCACUCCCUCAGUGUCCCCCUGCGGCUUGGCACUGUCUCCGGUAACCCGGCCACCGACUGUUGGGCCCCCCCAACCUCGUUUAACUUUUGUGCACCCCAAACCUGUAUCUUGGACUGGCGGGAGGCCCAAGCAGCCCCCCAAAAUAGUGCCUGCUCCCAAACCAGAGCAUAUGUCCUUGGUGUUGAAGAAUGCUUGCAUCGCCCCAGCUGCCUUUUCAGGACAACCACAAGCAGUGAUUAUGACAUCAGGCCCUCUGAAGAGAGAAGGGAUGUUGGCUUCUACUGUGUCCCAAUCCAAUGUGGUCAUCACACCUGCUGCCAUCGCCAGGGCUCCUGGAGUUACGGAGUUCCACAGCAGCAUCCUGGUGACAGACCUCGGCCACCCCUCGAGCAGCCAGCCCGCCCCUGUCUCCCGGCUCUUUUCUCCAAGCACGGUGCAAGACUCCCUGGUGAAGGGCGAGCAGGUCCCACUGCACGGGGGCAGUCCCCAGGUGCCUGCUGCAGGUUCCAGUCGAGACUGCCCAAACUCAGGGCAGGCCUCUCCGUGUGCUUCAGAACAAAGCCCCAGUCCUCAGUCUCCCCAGAACAACUGCUCAGGGAAGUCUUCUGUAGACCCCAAAAAUGUGGCUGCUUUAAAGAACCGGCAGAUGAAGCACAUUUCAGCUGAGCAGAAAAGGCGCUUCAACAUCAAGAUGGGCUUUGACACCCUGAACAGUUUGAUCUCUAAUAAUUCCAAGCAGACCAGCCACGCCAUCACGCUGCAGAAGACUGUGGAGUACAUCACCAAGCUGCAGCAGGAGCGGAGCCAGAUGCAGGAGGAAGCCCGGCGGCUGCGGGAGGAGAUCGAGGAGCUCAACGCCACCAUCAUCUCCUGCCAGCAGCUGCUCCCUGCCACGGGAGUCCCUGUCACCCGGCGUCAGUUUGAUCACAUGAGAGACAUGUUUGAUGAAUAUGUGAAAAGCCGGACCUUGCAGAAUUGGAAGUUCUGGAUUUUCAGUAUUAUCAUCAAGCCGCUGUUUGAGUCCUUCAAGGGGAUGGUGUCCACCAGCAGCCUGGAAGAACUGCACCGGACAGCACUGUCCUGGCUGGAUCAGCACUGCUCCCUACCCAUCCUCAGGCCAAUGGUGCUGAACACCCUCCGGCAUCUGAGCACCACCACCUCCAUUCUCACAGACCCGUCCCAGCUGCCAGAGCAGGCGGUAGAGGCUGUCACCCGAAUUGGCAAGAGAUCGGCGGAGUCUUAGCAAUGCUUAGCAGGCACGUGGCUGCAUGAGAUGCCACGGAGACCCUUCCCUGCCUGUGGAGGGGUGGCUGUGCCCCACGCCUCUCCUGAUGCAGAGCCUCAGGACCUCCCUUCGACUCUGCUGGCCCGCUGGGCCGCUCAGAACACCACGCUCAGGUCUGAAGCAGGUUCGGGUCCUGCCGACAGCAAUAGCCCAUCUUUGGGAACCCCUUGCUGUGAACUCUCACUCAGUGACCUCAUUCAAUGACCUCUCUUACCCUCGGAGCAGCCCAGACAAAGGGGAGCACCGCCUUGUCCUGUGCUGUUCUGUCCUGCUGGUGUAUGUCAGGGCCACGACGCCAGUGUGGGGAGUGGAUGGGACAAGAGGGGGCAACGCCUGCUCCUGCAAGUUAGGAGACUUAAGGGUCCUUCCAGUUCCUGUCUUGAGACUUACAGAUAUUCCCUCCUGUCACAUCCUGGGCACUUGUACUGCUCGGAAUGACUCCUUGCGCCCGCUCUGGCCCACCCGUGGAGCAGUUGGAAGGCAUCUUUCUUCCUUCCCUGACUCGGACUUUGUAGGUAGAUCUGGAUAUCUGCUCAGGCUUAUGCACAGGCAUAGCCUUCUCCUACUGCACCGGCUGCUGGGGGAGCCCCAGAACGCACGUGUGCAAAAGCCCGUGUGGGUGCCUGUGGGACGAGAAGGAAAGCACAACAGUGCAAAGCUGCUGCUCUGGCUUGGAAACCCUCUCGGGCGAUGUUUUAAUCUGUCUUGAUUUAGUUCCACAUGACAUUGCAGCAUCCACUGGGUCGCUGACUUGAGAAUCAUGGCGGGGUCUCAGCCCGGGCCUCCUCGGGCGUCCUCACAACACAGCCCUUCCACCCUUGUUCUCCACCUGCUUCCAAGCUGCAGCCACGGACGAGCCAGCUGUGCCUGAUGGACGCUUGUGGCCCUUAGGGUGUAGCGUUUGAAAGGCCAGACUCCACGGUGCUGCCGUCAGCCUGGUCCCCUUGUCUGGAUUGUUCAGCCGGGAGCCCCAAACCAUAGCAGUUCUCAGACCAAAGAUGUCAUCACACCUGAAGUCUGUCCUGUCUCAUAUUUGGAGGAAGAAAUUGAGUGUUGACAGGCAGAACUCCGAGGUGGCCAGUCUCAGAGCUGUCUCUAGGCGUCUCCCAGAUCAGACAGUAAAGAAUUAUACUCAGAUUUGA